UCGGGAGAAUGUUUUGUACAUGAGCUAAAGGAUAAGUUUCUUCAAAGUGUCAUACGAAUAAACUUUGAUACAGGCAUGGAAAUCUGCUGACGCAAUAUAAUCGUGGUUUGUUGAUAAUGAAUUGAAAACCAAGCACAAUGUCUUCUGCAACGUUGAGCUUAAGGUUUCAGCUAAACAGGAUUCAACUUCACAGAUGGAGUUCAAGGUCACAGACAUUAUUUAAAAAUUGUCAUUUUCAUUCAACAAUUCAAUCAAAUUUAAGAGCUCCUGAGAUUUAUGGGUCUGUGUUUUUAAAACAUAAUCUAGGUCACAGCUACCUAAAAAGAAAAGUUACUUCUGGUAUAUGGCAAAAGGGUGACCUGAUCGUAGAAGGUAAAUUUAGGAAUUUUAAGCAGGCGAAGGACUUGACUUCAGAAAGCAUAAGUUCUUGUCCUCUGAGACUUUACAGCUCAAAAACCUUGACGAGUCACCAAAUAUGUUAUUCAGCUAGUGUGACACAAAACAUAGGAAAUGGCUUUCAUACGAAUUCUAAACCUCGGUCAUGUCAGCAAAAUGGUCGUGGGUUUCAUACACAAUGUGGGUUGCUGAAAAGGCCAGGUUUGCUCCUGCGUUCUAUACAGACAUGUAGAUCAAAAUUUGAUGUGUUUCGCUAUAUAAGCAUUAGUACUAUGGACCAAAAGAAGAAGGAAGGUCUGAAAGUUAUGGAUGCUGAAAAGGAGUUGGAGAAAAAAGGUGAUAAGUCUCGGAAAACUAUCAGGAAGAAAGUACAACCUAUCAUCAGACAGGUUCCUUGUCAAGUAACAGUGUAUGCGGUUGGAAAUGAACUAGACUUCACAAGCUUUAAAAAGCAUCUGGCUGAAGAGCAGCUAUUUGAUGUCUCCUCGACCCCAGAGGAUUUAUUGAACAAAGUGAUUCAUGUGACCUCUCGGUACCAGCCAGACAACUACCCAAAAAAGGACAUUUUCUUCUUCAGUGAGGGCUCUGUGGUAUUUUGGAAUGUACUUGAAGAUGAAAGGCUGAACAUACUGAAGAACAUGAAGGAACAUUGCAUGGAGAUAAAUGAUAUGAAACUCAUAAUGGACGAAAGUGACAGUCUGGAGAUUCAACCUACAAAGUUAGAUACAUUCCUAAACAACGAUGUUAUCAACAUCAAUGAAGACCAGGAGGCCCCUGAUUUGAUCCUCGUCAAAUAUGCUUUCUCAAAUGCCCUUUCUCAAUCAGUAAAGCUCAGCAUUUGGGAGACAGAACUUUAUAGACAUAGCCAGGAAUGUGAACACAUUUCUGAGGCAUUAAGAAUAGGGAGUGAUGUACGCAUGAGAAAACAGAAGAUUUUGAAAACUCUUGGGGCAAUAUUUGCAAUUCGACAGUCCAUGAACUUGGGUUCUGAGUUACUGGACACCCCAGACUUCUACUGGGACAGGGAUAAGCUGGGAGACCUGUACAAGCAGUGCUACAAUCAUCUAUGUGUCCCUCACAGGAUCAAGGUGAUGAAUGAGAAGAUGAGUUACUGUAUAGAGUUGUUAGAGCUCAUUAAGGACCUGGAGAGUGACAAACGACACAUUCGGCUUGAGUGGAUUAUAAUUCUUCUUAUCGCAUUGGAGGUUGUUCUUGAGUUGCGGAAAGAAAUUUUUAAAUAAAUAGAAUACAAAAAAAUA